CCGCGGCGCUACCACCGCGUGCAGCACGGGCACUGCAGCUACACCUUCGUGCUGCCCGAGGCUGACCCGCCGCCCUGCCCGCUCGCCCCCCUCGCCCCCGGAUCCGCCAACGCCUUGUUCCAAAGGGAUUCACCGGCUGCCGGGGCCCGGCGCCCCGCGCCCGCGGCAGCACCCGCCAGGGCACCGAGGGAGGACACAGAGAGCUUCCCAAAUAAUCCGUUGUGCCCCUACUCCCUUCUGCAGCUGGAGAGCUACAUCCAGACGGGCAUGAGGCCGGAGGUGGCAGAGCUGCAGCAGACAGCAGUGCAGAACCAGACGGCCACCAUGCUGGAGAUCGGCAGCAGCCUCCUCAACCAGAGCGCCGAGCAGAGCCGCAAGCUCACUGAUGUGGAGGCCCAAGUGCUGAACCAAACCUUGCGCAUCGAGAUGCAGCUGCAGGAGAACUCCCUGUCCACCACCAAGCUGGAGAAGCAGCUGCUGCUGCAGACGAACGAGAUCCACAAGCUGCAGAACAGGAACAACAUCCUGGAGACACGGGUGCUGGAGAUGGAGACGAAGCACCAGGCAGAGCUGGUGGGGGCCCGCUCGGAGAAGGAGAAGCUGCAGCAGCUGGUGAGCCGGCAGAGCAGCACCAUCCAGGAGCUGGAGAAGUCACUGGUGGCCGCCAGCACCAACGCCAGCCUGCUCCAGCGCCAGCAGCUGCAGCUCCUGGAGUCAGUGCAGAGCCUGGUGCGCCUCGUCUCUCAGGGCAGAGCACCACUGCUCAGGCAGGAGCAGCAAUUCCAGGACUGUGCCGAGGUGCGCCGGGCAGGCAUCCGUGCCAGUGGGGUCUACACCCUCCACAUCACCAACCUCAGUGAGCCCAAAAAGGCAUUCUGUGACAUGGAGACAGACCGAGGGGGCUGGACCAUCAUUCAGCUCCGCACCAACGGCAGCCUCAGCUUCCAGAGGGGCUGGAGGGAGUACAAACAGGGCUUUGGAGACGCAGCAGGCGAGUACUGGCUGGGCAACGAGGCCGUGCACCUCCUGACGAGCCAGGCACCCUAUGCCCUGCGCAUCGAGCUGUGGGACUGGGAGGGAGGCCAGGUCUAUGCCCACUACGGGAAAUUCCAGCUGGGAAGUGAGCGGCAGCUUUACAGCUGUCCCUGCGCAGUGGUGGCCUUGGGCAAGUGCCCUGGGGAGGCUUGUGGUCCUGGGGCAUGCUGGUGGUUCGAUGCCUGUGGGCUUUCCAACCUCAACGGAGUCUACUACCCGGCCCGGCACAACAUCCGCAAGCUCAACGGCAUCCGCUGGCACCACUUCCAGGGGCCCAGCUAUUCCCUGAAGGGCACCCGCAUGCUGAUACGACCUGCCAGCUUCUAG